UUCGAAUUUCGAUUUUCUUACUUUCAGUCAAGUCAAAUUCGAAAAGGUGGUUAGACUAGGAAGCGUGUUUCUGAUAGUGGUAAACUUAGUGAUUAAAAUGGCUGCAAAGCAGUUAGACUUAAAUUUUCUUACUUGGGAAAUUGAUACCACUGGUCGUUAUCUUUUAGAUGAGAUGUGCCAUUUAAGCGCCCGUCACAAGACUUCUACUUUUGAUGAGUAUAUUAUGCCUCACCGUAAUAUUACUUAUUCAUCCAGUAGAAAAAUUCAGCUUUAUACCUUGUCUAUUGGCAUGUAUCGUUCUUUAAGAAAAACUACAAAUGGAAUGGUGAUUAAAACAAAUACAGAAAUUGCAUGUUUGAGUGACUUCAUAGAUUGGUUAGCUAAACGUGGGACUACUCCUGUUGUGUUGAUGUGUUUUGAACCAUAUGAAUAUUCACCCUUUAUACUAUUGCAAGCUUUAAAACGGUAUUCAUUAUUGGAAAAAUUCAAGUCUGUUGUACAUGGAUUUGCUAAUGUAUAUGCUUUCAUUAAGAAGAAAUGUAAGAAAAGUGUUUCUUCCAUGUCUCUCAGAACAUUAGCUAAAAUCUUAUUAAAUAAAAACAACAUUAAGAGUCUAGAUAGCCAGUGCAGAGCUGAAUUGGUGAAUGAGAUUCUUGCUCAUCUUUCCGAAGAUAGUGAAAAUCCAGACCAGAAUUUUUCUCAAGAAAUGCUUCAGUAUGUUUGUACUGUUGAUGAAAUUGAUGAAAGGCUAUGUACAAAGUUAGUGAAGAGAGAUGUUCAGGCAAGCCUAAAACCAAUUUUUAUACCUUAUUUGAAGGAAUUUAAGCACAGAAGGAGGGCGUUAGUUCUUAGAAAUCUUUUGACUUAUAAUUCUUCACCAUCAGUUGAUUAUUCUACACUUAAAACAUUCUGGUCUAAGGGGCCUGACGAAUUUAAGAAGGAAAUAUUCCAAUGUAUUUCAGGUCCAGAGGCAGAUGUUAAUGAUUUAGUUGGAAUUAUAUCAUACCAUUUUCAAAACAUUGAGACAAAUUCUACUCAAGUUCCAUUGCCAGAGAUUGAAAGUAAAAUGAAUGCAUUGCAAUUGGAUAAAUAGUCACUAUAUUUACUUUUGUGAUAAAAUUUGUUAUAAGACAUGAUUUUUCUUUUCAAGUUCAGUGUUGACCAAAAUAUAUUAGCUUUUGAUAAAUGUGCCUUAUAAUGUUCUUGUGCCAAAUUACAUAUUAGGUGAAUGUAUAUUUUUGUAUUUUUCUUAUGAAAUUCUCAUGUUAUCUAUCAUUCCAAUGUUAUAGAAGGUUUUAUUUAUAAGUUUACUUUAACAUUCAGUUUAAGUCUUUUGAGACUUAUUAUUUGUUUUUUGUAUACCUUUUGGUGUAUUAUGAUAUUAUACUUAUAUAACUUAUUAGUUAACUUUUCAGUAUUUUCAAUAACCCAAAAAGUUAAUUCUAUGUAUAAUAUUUAAAGAGUUUAUAUGCCUCGAUAAAAAUUGAGAGAUGGAAAAAUACUUGGCAAUAAAAAUAAAAAUAAAAAUGGAUAUUGAAGAGAAAGAAAAUAAAAAGUAAAAAGAUUACAACGAGAUAAAUAAGAUUUAUCGUCCAGUAAUUUUGAUAGAAUUAAGAAAAUCAAACUCCCUAAAGUUAAUGAUCAGACAUCUCAAAUUAUGAACACUGAUAAAGUAAAACAUCAAUCCCCUUAAAGUAUAGCAGCUGGUUCUGAUUUUUCUGUAUUUCGUUUUUUUUUUUUUUUGUUUUUUUUAAAUACAGAAGAAGACAUAGGAUGUUAAAUGUGCUCCAUUAAAUCAAGUUCAUCAUAAUAUGUUUAGCAUUUUAAAUAAAGCAAGAAUUCAAACUGAACAAUCUUUUAGAGAUCUUUAUAAUCUUUGGUUUGGUAAAGAUGGAACCCAACAAACUAUUUAGAGAAUCUAAAAAGGAAUAAAAUAAAUCUAUCUAAUAUGCCUUGUAUUUUAAGUGGAGCAGGAAGCAAAGCUAAGAGAUCUUUUGAGGAUCUAUAAUCUUUGGUUUGAUGAGAACGGAAACCCCACAAAAUAUUUACCAACUCUAAUAAAGAAUGGAAUAAAUAUAUGCAAUAUUUCUAGCAUUUUAAAUAGAGUUGGAAGUAAAACUAAAUAGUCUUUUGAGGAUUUUUAUCAUCUUUUGUUUGAUAAGGAUGGAAAGAAAACAAAAUAUUUAUAGACUAAAAAAUAAUGGAAUAAAUCAGUGUAAUAUUUUUAGCAUUUCAAGUGGAGAAAGAAGUAAAGCUAAACAAUCUUUUGAGGAUCUUUAUAAUCU